AUGGACCGAAGUCUCUUUAAGUGCGCGGUGGCUGAUAGCGAGGAUCCGACUCCCGGGUACAUUUAUCGUGAGAUGGCGCUGUGGACACUCAAGGACCACAACACACAAAUGAAGUUGAUUGACGCCCUUUUUGAUAAACUGCGGCCGCAGGCAAGCGCGCAUGUGCUGUGCAAGGUGCUGCGCAUCAUUAAGGCAAUGUGCGAGAUGGGGCACUCCGAUUUUCAGCGCGAAAUGCAAAAAAACACACGAACUGAAGUCAUUAAAACUUUUGCAAACUACCGGGGAAAGCCUGACGCAAAGCACGGUAACAGCCUCAAUGAAAAGGUUCGUCAGGCUGCAAGAGAGGCCAUGGAGGCCGCCUUUAUGCGUCGCGUGGAGGAGCGUGUAAUGAUCGAAGAGGGGUACGGGAACAGCGGCGAGGGAGCGAUGGGUCGCACAUCCUUCACUACGGGAAAUGUGGCGACGGCGACGAUGGUGGGAGGAUCCAUGGGUGUGUACAGCGGAAACAUUGCGCCGAUGCCCAUGACGAAUAAGUGGGCGGAACACAUGGCGAACCAGGCUGAGUCUGCAAAUAGGAGUAAAACGAGCCGUGUGCUCUUAUCCUUGGCGGAGAAGGCGAAGAGCGGAUUUGCUCUAUUGCAUAAAGCAGACCCUAGCAUGGCCUACAAGAGCGUCAAGGAUCAGUUGUACGAAAGUGCUUUGAAGCUGGGCACCACCGGCGCUUCCAUGACAUCCUCGUCAGAGGUUAACGCAGGCGGUUUCCAGCCUCCUGACUUAGGCGUCAGCGUUUCUAUUCCCCAGCCUGUGGGAAGCAUAAGCAGUGGGUUUCAAUUUGAUGAUCAAGUAGAAAAGAGGGAGGGCAAUACCACAUCGCGUGAAGCGUACAGUGAAAAUCUUCACCACCAGCUGCAGCUCACUCCUCUUCAAGCAUCUGUGCAACGACUCUGUCUAGCUAAAAGUACGCCUCAACGGGUAGAGCUGCAUGCCUUCGUAGAGCAGUGCAACAAAUUAGGUGCUGAGAUGGCACAAGAGCACGGUAUGCGUGGGGAGAAGGAAACGAUGGAGGAAACCUGGGAGGAACUUGCGGGGGCGCUCGACGCACAACUUGCGCAGAAGCAUCCGUGGCAGCGGCGGUUGAACGCGCUUGUGGCGUUGGAGGCAAUUCUGCGCCCACACGUUGAUGACGCGGAGUCGGCGGCUGCAAUGCGGCAAGGAGUUAUGCGGUACUUUCUUGAAAAUCCGGAGGAUGUGCAGCGAAAUGUUUUUGUUGUCCAGGCAACGUUGCGGGAGCGUGCACAGCGUGUGUUGAGGCUUCUUGGCCUACCGGAGGGUGACGUGGAUGGCGGCGCGUCUGCCCUCUCGAUGGCAACGAAGGGAGAACAGUUGCAGAGUGUAGGGAAUGGGAUGCACGCCUUUUCAUGGGCGGCGCCGAUUUCCAUUGCAGAGUUAAGUGCAAACGGCGGCGAGGGCGAAAAAGAUAAGAUGGUGAAUAUGAGUGGGAUGUCUCUUCGCGCUAAUCAUCGCGGCGCAAAGAACAAGACAACGCUGAGGAGGCGUGCGCCAAUGUCUCUCCACGAGGAGCCGCAGGAAAAGACAGAUGCAUUUGCUGGUGGCAGCGAGAGUCAUGUCAGCGGCCACGGCAAAGCGGCUUCUUCGUUUGGAUUAUUAGCGCAGUCGCUCGCGAGAAGCAGCAAUAGCAAAAAUAGUGAGUCAGUCGGGAAGGGAAGCAUGCUGGAUGAUCUGUUUGGUGCACCCGCCACAGAGAACUCGGCGGCGGUGUUGAGUGUCUCCACGGCAGCCGCACCAUCCCACGCUUGCACCACUGCUGGUUCCGUGGAUACUCACAAUGGCAACAUCACCGCAUUUGACUUUCUCCUGUCGGGAAAACCAUGGGAGGCGGCGUGGAUCACAACAUCACCGCAACAUCAACCAGACGAAGAGCCGGCAUCCGCGUCUCUGCCAAAGCAGGACAACCCCACAACUAUUGCGACCUCAACGUCAGCAUUAAGACCUCAGUCACCAUUGCUUGAUGCAGCGUCAGCCGCAGGCGAGAGCAGAAUGAAUCACGAAAGCAGCCACGGUGCGUUUUCCGAUAAUGGAAUUCCUUUCCUUGCUACUACCUCCUCCUCCGCGCCGGCUGCGCACAAUUCCUUGUCUACAGUGGUGUUGGAAAUGCAGCAGCAAUUGCAGGCUCUCAUGUCUAACGAGCAAGGCAAGCCGAACCCCGACCAACUGGCUCAACUUCAAAGCCUCAUGGCACAACAACAACAGCUCAUGACAUUCUUGUCCCAACAACAACAGCUGCUGCAACAACAACACCCGCAGGAGGCAUGGGUUGGACCAUCCUCGGGUCGUGGGUGCACCUCCAACGUGGACUCAGCUCCUCUCCACACACACUUUGCGAUGGGUGCGGCCCCUUCGUCUACCUCCGCCAUGGUGUCACAUACGUUUGCGCAAAUGCAGGAGGAGUUGAUGGCUCAGUUGGCGGCAGAACCUCCCGGCGGUAGAGAAUAUGUACUACAGUAA